CCGAUCAGCUGACUUGGAGCAGGCGGUCAUGUGACCCGGGACGCCGCACAGUCACAACAAAGAUGGCAGCGAUGCUGGAGCGGAGCUGCGGGCUCGGCUGUGUGCUGUUGGUACUGUCGGUGUUCACACUGGGUCACUGCGCCACGAGCUUCACACGACAGUUGAUUGUAGAGUUGAACCCUGGCUCCUCCUUGCCGCCUCUCGGUGGUGACCUACUGCACGUUAGAGCCUUGGGAAACAACGACACGCUUCACUUCCUGUUCUGCAGCUUGGGGGCGCCGACGCUGCUGCUCGUUCACACCAACACUUCUUCUUCUACUGUCAAGGUGAACUGGACUCAGUUUCUAGAUGGGAACCACAGUGGCGGCCUGAAGGUUAAGCCUGAGAGCAGCAUCCUGUACAGCACCGCCAUCGUCUUCAGCCGGCUGUUGGAGUACGAUGACAGUAACGACACGGCCGACCCAACCUCUGACCUCUUCCCUCCGUACCGGCUGGACGACUUCACCUGGUCUCGUUUCAACCUAUCAGGAGCCAGCGCGCUGCUCUGUGGAGCCGCUGCCUCUUUCACCAACGGAUCACUCUGCCUGCAGUUGUCAGUGUUUGAUGGAGAGGGACGUGGUCAGGCAUGGCCCCGCCUCCUUCACACAGCUAACUCCUCACAGCUGGGGGUGUGGCUUGAAGGUGUGUUGCCACGGGCAGCUCGUUCCAGGUUCCUGUUGGAGCUGCAGGCGGUGGGUGGGGCUGAUCCUCUGAGCAGAGUGGAGGUUUAUCGAUCGAUCGAUGACGAGUUCACGCCAUCAAUAUUCCAGGUGUCUCGCUGGGUUCCAUCGGAGAACAGCAGCUCGGAUGUUCUGGGGUUCCUUCAGUGGAAGCCGGUCGCAUACCGUCAGCCUCACCCGGCUCUGGAGGACGCCACACCGUGCCGCCACUCUGAGCCGCAGCCUCAGAGUGGCGAGGCAACAGCAGCAACAUCCCGUCUCAUCAGAGCAUUCUACACAGAACCAGAAACAUUCGGCCUGAACGUGAGCUUCGGGCUGGCAGGAGACCCGUUCUACAACAGCACCAAGUUCCUCAGCUGGACGGUGCUGCUGGGCUCCGGUUCUCCUCCUGUCGAUUCGUUCUCUCCGCUGGUUCUCAGCAUGAUGGCGGUCGGCCUCGGGACUCCCAUGAUCCUCCUGCUGCUGGGUGGAGUCUGCGUCUGUGUACGUAAGAGGGCGGCGGUCAUGGCUGCAGCCUAUGAGCCAAUCAAUUGAUGUUGACGAAGAGUUUUCUUUUAAAGACUCGGGUGACGUGACUCUCCGGCCAAUCAGGACGCAGGAGACUUUUAUUUUCUUCACCCCAAGAAGAAAAAUGUUUUUAUUAAAAUGAUUUGAAUAAAUCCGAUAAUUAAAUUCUAAUUAAUGAACGAUGAUGACUCAGCAUUAAUCUGCAUUUUGUUUAUGUUAAACAACAACAGUGUCUAAAUAUCACAAAUAUAAACCUUCUUAUUUUAAACAGGACCUGAGUCGACCAGUCAGGAGUUCUGAUUUCAGGCUGCAUUCACGUUCAAACACGUUUCUGUUCAAACUGUUAUUUUGAAUGUCACUGAGUUUGAUCAUUUGUGUUUUUACAGGUUUGUAAGGUUUCAAUUUAAUAAAAUAUUUUUCAAAAAACGUU